AUGAUUAUACUCACUGGCCUAAAAUGCCUCUUCCAAAAGCAACUGCCCGAGAUGCCCAAAGAUUAUGUCGCAAGGCUUGUAUACGAUCGCACUCACCUGUCCAUCGCCAUCGUCAAGAAACCAAUGGAGGUCAUCGGCGGUAUAACAUAUCGCGAGUUUCGCGCGCGCAAGUUCGCCGAGAUUGUCUUUUGUGCCGUUUCGUCUGAUCAACAGGUCAAAGGGUACGGAGCUCAUCUCAUGGCGCAUCUGAAGGACUACGUCAAAGCUACUUCGCCGGUGAUGCACUUCCUGACCUAUGCCGAUAACUAUGCUACGGGAUAUUUCAAGAAGCAGGGCUUUACGAAGGAUGUUACUCUCGACAAGCCCAUCUGGAUGGGGUUUAUCAAAGAUUACGAAGGGGGGACACUGAUGCAGUGUUCUCUCCUCCCUCGGAUACGCUAUCUUGAAGUCGGCCGCAUGCUUCUCAAGCAGAAGGAAACCAUCAUGGCCAAGAUCAAGGCACAAUGGGCCAACGGCAUCACCCCCAUCGACUCGCUUUCUAUCCCUGCCAUCCGGGCCACGGGUUGGUCUCCCGACAUGGAUGAGUUGUCACGGGCGCCUCGCCACGGGCCCCAUUUCAACGAAUUCCGGCGGUUCCUGUAUCAAAUUCAAAAUCACAAGCAAGCAUGGCCGUUCCUCCAUCCAGUCAACAGGGACGAGAUUCCCGAGUAUUACAAGGCCAUUGCGCAGCCAAUGGACCUUUCGACCAUGGAGGAGCGGUUGAUGAGUGAUUUCUACACAACGCCGACGGACUUUGUGGCCGAUUUCAAAUUGAUAUUCAGCAACUGUAAGCAGUACAACGAUGCGUCGACAGUGUAUAGCAAAUGCGCGGUCAGGCUGGAGAAGUAUAUGUGGACUCUGAUCAAGGAAAUCCCAGAGUGGUAUCAACUGCUUGAAGAAUGA